UUGAUGAUCGUGAUGGAGGCAGAGAGUGCUGCUGAUCGCGAUCCGGGUCAAGAAGUACCUCCUGAUCCUAAGGAAACUUCAGCUGAUGUACGUUCUCUUCGCGUGAACGCUCAGUCUGUGUUGGCUUGGGCCACAGAGCGUUCCGAAUCCCAGCCCCUAUGGACCCACAGAAGGCAAGAAGCUUGCGUUGCAAAGCUGCUGUCCCGCCUGACUGCGGAGAAAGAAGACUCUUUCAUGGUUGUUCUUCUGCCGCUGCUGACGUCCAUCAGCUCUGUCCUGCUUCCAGCAGCAGAUAGGCCUGGAUUUCAGCGAGUCGUGUCCCAACUCCGGUGUGAACGAUUUCCCGACGUCAAGACGAAGUGGGGUCAAGUCAUGGGUGUUGCAAGGAAGCUGUCACAAGAUGAUCCAGUAUUAAACGAUAAAGCCGUCAUGUCACCUACUUGGGCUAGCUUGAUUGAUGCUUUGGCAACACCUCACCAGGAGAACAAGAAGGACUUGGUAUCGACUGUGCCGUCAGGUCAUCGUCAACUACAUGAUGUAGCUAUCGAUGACCUAAACACACAGGUGAUACGGUACCACGGAGGUUGGUGCGUAGUAGCUGUCCGGAGGGAGCUGCAGGCAUCGUCUGGCGCGGAGGCUUUAGCGCUGUUGCCACUCAUCAAGUGCUUCGGGGAAGAUGUUGGUACUCAGCACCGUCCCUCCCUUGAAACCUUUGAUACAGUGGUCCAAUUGUCCCAGCAGCGCAGAGUUCAAGGUACUGCUGCACCGGUAGAUCACGGGUAUGCCUCUGCACCACCAACCGUUGAGAAUGAGGAGUACAAGCACACAUUUGUGCUUUUGCCAACAGCGUUGCCAUUAUUCAACCUGCUUAAUGUAAUUACUGAGAAGCAAUUCCCAGUUAUUUUGGCACAACAGAAGGCCAAUGCCAUUCCAGCCAUGAGCCAUCACCUCGUCCAUGACAAGAGUGUGAGGGAAGCAUUUGCCAACAUUGUCUCUACAACAGAGUGUGCCGGGCUGCUGGAUAGAAUUGUCUACUAUUUCCUCAAAAGCAAGCACAAGCAGCUCCUGCGGAAGUAUGAGCUGCAGCCCCAGCAACGCUCCAUGGCACUCAGAUCUAGUUUGCGACUGUCAGCAAAAGGAAGCAGCACACACCAGCAAGAAGAGUCAGCAUUGGAUUUCAGGCGGAAAGUUGAUGAGAAGAAGUUCGAAGAAGUGGUGUCCAUGCUAUGCAGGAGCGCUAAUAUGUCGUCACUGCUAGAUAAAACAACUGUCGUUGGUUUGCAGGCUAUCCUAGCACACCUUGGCGUCAGUAGUAGCGGCAGAAGCAAUAAAGCAGAUCGAGUGUCACGCAUUGUGGAAAUAAUCAAGACCAAAAGAAUGGAGCACAACACUGGGGAAGCCGCCAGCACUUCUACACAGGUAAGCACAACGGUGUUAAGACGCUAAUGAAGAUGUACUGGCGCAAGCAUUUGAUGCCGGCAGGGAUGCAGAUGUACCCGUGCAUGCAUUUGAUUUCUGUGGCAAUGGCAUGUUAAGCGCUGCAGAGGAAAGAUUCUUCGGGAUAACAUGGUGUGGAGCAAUGCGUUAGAGUGAUAUAAUUUGCGAGUGUCUGCAAAAUAAAGCAGCGCACAUUAGCAAGAAGAUUCA